AUGGGCAGCUCCAUCCGCUCUGCGGGCGCAGGCGCGGGAGACGUCUCCCGUGUCGAGGCCCCCGUCACCGUCAAGGCCUACCUCAUGUGCGCCUUCGCCGCCUUUGGUGGUAUCUUCUUUGGCUACGACUCCGGCUACAUUGGUGGUGUCAUGGGCAUGAAGACCUUCAUCCACUCCAUCGAGGGCGAUGGUGCAACCACCCUUCUUGCUCAGAACAAGUCGCUCAUCACAUGUAUUCUCUCCGCCGGUACCUUCUUCGGUGCCAUCAUGGCUGGUGACAUUGCCGACAGGAUUGGUCGCCGCAUCACUGUCAUCCUCGGCUGCCUCAUCUUCCUCAUUGGUGUCGCCAUUCAGACUGCCCAUACCUCCGGCCUUGGCCUCAUUGUCAGCGGUCGUCUCGUUGCCGGCUUCGGUGUCGGUUUCGUCUCCGCCAUCUUGAUUCUCUACAUGUCCGAGAUUGCGCCCCGCAAGGUCCGUGGUGCCAUCGUGUCCGGAUACCAGUUCUGCGUCACCAUCGGUCUCAUGAUCGCUUCUUGCGUCGCCUACGGAACCGAGGGCCGCACCGACACCGCCUCCUACCGUAUCCCGAUCGGCCUGCAGAUGCUCUGGGCCGUCAUCCUGGCUACCGGUCUCUUCCUCCUCCCCGAGUCGCCCCGCUACUUCGUUCGCAAGAGCAAGCUCGACGAUGCCGCCAAGGCCCUUGCUCGCCUUCGUGGCCAGGACGUCCAGUCGCACUACAUCCAGGACGAGCUCGCCGAGAUCAUUGCCAACCACGAGUACGAGCUCAGCGUCACUCCCCAGAACGGCUACUGGAGCAGCUGGGCGCACUGCUUCAGCGGCUCUCUCUUCAAGAGCGGCUCCAACGUCCGCCGCAUCAUCCUCGGCACCUCGAUGCAGAUGAUGCAGCAGUGGACCGGUGUCAACUUUGUCUUCUACUUUGGCACCACCUUCUUCCAGCAGCUCGGCACGAUUGAGAACGCCUUCAUCAUCAGCAUGAUCACCACUGUCGUCAACGUCUUCUCCACUCCCAUCUCCUUCUGGACCAUGGAGAAGAUUGGCCGUCGUCCUCUGCUCCUGUGGGGUGCUCUCGGCAUGGUCAUCUGCCAGUUCAUCGUCGCCAUCAUCGGCACCGUCCUCCCUGGCGACGCCACUGCCACCAAGGCCAUGAUUGCCUUCAUCUGCAUCUACAUCUUCUUCUUCGCCUCCACCUGGGGUCCUGGUGCUUGGGUCGUUAUUGGCGAGAUCUACCCUCUGCCCAUCCGUGCCCGUGGUGUCGCUCUCUCCACUGCCUCCAACUGGCUCUGGAACACCAUCAUUGCUCUCAUCACUCCCUACAUGGUCGACAGCGACAAGGGCAACCUCGGUGCCAAGGUCUUCUACAUCUGGGGUGGCCUCUGCUCCAUCUGCUUCGUCUACGCCUACUUCCUCAUCCCCGAGACCAAGGGCCUCACUCUCGAGCAGGUCGACCGCAUGUUCGAGGAGACCACCCCCCGCAAGUCUGCCAAGUGGGUGCCCUCGACCACCUACGCCGACCAGAUGGGCAUGACCGAGAAGGUCGGCGUCAAGAACGUCGAGCACGCCGAGGGCGACUCCGUCUAA